CAGACCAGUUCAGUUGUACCAUUGUUCAGGCGCGGCUUUUUUCUCUCAGCGAGUUUACGAGCCUUGAAAGCGCGUUCAAUCACGUCAGCGCGGCUCCAUGGCCACCUCGUCCCUCAUAGCGUGUUCGGCGCAAGCUGCGUCGAGCUGUCUCGCCGCGCGAUGCACUGCGAUAGACGCAGCCCGCAUUUCACCCACAGGCCUCGUUUCGCUCGCAGCCGGCGUAACGCCAGCCCGGAGCACACAGCCUCUGCCGGCUCGCCAUUGGGUGCGCAGUUUCCAGGCAGGUGCGCGACGAACCGGUAGAUCGAACGAUAAAAGGCGGCGAGGGUUUCUUGUUCCGACGGCGGCUACUGGGUCUGCUGCUGGCGCAGGUGACACAGACGGAAGUGACUCAAUCGAAGGGAGGAAACAAGCUGGGAAUCCCAAGGCGGUGGAUCCAGAAGUCCUGGAGGGCGGAAUCGAGGGGAAAACAGGCUCCAGUUCCCGAGAUGCUGACGUUUCUAGCGGUGCUGACGUGGCAGAUGGUGCUGACGUGGCAGGAAGUUCUGAUUUGGACCUAGAAGCGCUUGCUCGCGAGCUGAACAUGGACCUGAAGGAGGUGCAGGAGGCGGAGAGGAUGUUUGAAAGUGCCAUGUCAGCAGUUGCCUCGCUGGAAUCCCUUUCUGCCACGUUUGACCAGAUGGUUCUUGACUCGAACGAUUCAGGCGACUCAAGCAAGGGUUUAAGGGGGGUUUUGGACUCAGGGGGUUUAGAAACAGUGGGUUUAGACAGGGGAAUGGAGGAAAUGUUGAAGGGGAUAGAAGCCGUGUCUAGGGGUGAGAGGAGAGGCAUCAGCCAAUCAGGGGAGGUUAGUGCAGAUGAGGUGGAUGAUGAUGAUGAUGAUGAUGACGUGGACUUGGCAGGGGAGGCCAUUGCUGACAUGGAGCGUGAUCUGGCGGAGCUGCAGAGGUCGGUGGCCGCCACGCUUGCUGAGCUGGACCGUACUGCCACGUCACUCACUCCGGAGCUUGGGCUCCAGGAGGUGCUGCAACUGAAGAGCUCCAUAUCUGCCGACGUGCAGCAGAUCGAGCAGCAGACAGCCGGUAUUCUAGGGAUGCUCCGCGAGGCAAGGCAGCUGCAGAUGGCGGCUGAGCAGCCCGGCGCACCAGUGGGAGCGCGCCAGCUGGCGGCACAGAGGGCUGUGGAGGCUCGGAACGCCAUGGCUGCGAUGGCAGGUUCGGCCGAAGCUGCUGCGGAGGCUCUGAAAGCGCUGGAGGAGGAAGGGGCGGCAGACUGGGAUGGGGUGGGGGGGGUGAAGGGAGAGGGGAUCAGGCGGGCGGGGGAGGAGGUGAGGAGGAGGAGGGAAGAGGGGAAGGGAGGGGAGGAAGAGACAGACGAAGAUGAUGACCAACCAGCAUACUUGCCCCAGUGGCACGAAUUGGCAGCGGAACGGUCGGAAUUGAAGAAGGAGCUGGCUGAGAUGUUCAGCAACGCCGUGCAGCUGUUCCAGGAGGGCGACGAGGAGGGGUCUCUGGCGCUGGUGGCUGCAAACGAGGCUGAAGUGAUGGGGCAGGUGGCAGCAGGAGAGGCGGGAGUGGAGCAGGCAGCAGUGCUGCUGGCGCUCUCCCAGCUGCUGCUGGGGAUGGGGCACGAGGAGAGGGGGAGAGAGCUGAUGAACCAGGCCCUGUCCCUUGUGGCAUCGCACCCUGCUGAGCCUCUCUUGGACGACCUACUGGAGAACGCAGGGGACAUGUGCUAUGGCAUGGACAUGUGGGACGACUCGAUCAAGCUGUAUAAACGCGCUGUCAACGUGCAGAGAGAGCUGGCAGGCGGCGAGCACUACCUCCAAUCUUCCACUCUUUGCAGCCUCGCAAACGCCCUGGCUGAAGCCCAGAGGUUUGAGGAGGCGGAGUCGGUGCAGAGGCGCGCAGCAGAGCUGUAUGAAGCCGCCAGGGGGGAGAGGUCCCGAGGAGUGGCGACAAUGCUGGUGCGACUGACACAGAUCCAGAUGGAGGGGGGGAAGGUGGAAGAGGCCGAAGGGAGCAUUCUGCGCGCCAAGGACAUUUUGGUGGAGAAGGAGGGGCUGACUUCGAUGGAGGCAGCAAUAGUGGAAUUCACCCUUGCACAAGUCAGGCAGGCGCAAGGUCGCCCUGACCUAGCAGCAGGAGUGUUGGAGAGCGGUCUUCGGAUCUUUGAGAAGGCAGUGGAGAAGCAGAGGAGGACGGGCAACCGGCCGGCAAACACUGAGCUGCCAGGGGGUGCAGAUGAGCUGGCGUGGGGCGACGAUGAGCUGGCGGGGACUCCCCGCGCGCUGGUGAAUGCGCUCGGUGCCUCGGCGUUCCCGGCCUUUGAGCAGGCGCAGAUUGAGCUGAGCAUGCUCUACGACAUUCUGGACAGGGACGAAGACGCAUGCGCCAUCAGAGAAAAGCUUCUUUCCGCCAAAGAGCUUGCAGUCGGCCCGCUCUCCCCGGCCCUCGUCCCGCCCCUCAUCCAACUCGCCCAGUCUCGCAUGACCACCGGCCAAUCAGAGGGCGCCGAGCGCCUCCUGCGCCGCGCGCUGCAGAUCGCCCGGUCAGCGGUGCCAGCUGGCGACGCGCGGUUGGCCGUGCCGAUCGAGCGGCUGGCGCUGUGUCUGGCUCAGAUGGAGCGGUUGGAGGAGGCCGAGGGGCUCGCAAGGGAGCAUGUGAUGAUUGCUGAAGGGGUGGUGGAGAAGGCGGGAACGCGGGGAGACACUGUUGAGCUGCUAGCGCAAGGGCAGCGCAAUCUGGCUCUCAUUCUGAUGGCAACGGGGCGGGCGGAGGCAGCGGAGCAGCUACUGAGGAAGGCUCUAGCGAGGAUGGAGGCAGCAGUGGGGCCCAUGGGGGACGCUGCACUCGUGGUUGCAGGGUCGCUGGUGGUGAACCUGCAGCAGCAGGGGAGGGACGACGAGGCUGAGCCACUGCUUAAGAGACUAGCCCUUGCUGAGGCUGCUGCCACUGGGAACUUGUAGUGAGGUAGUUUGUAUCGAGUCAGUUUGUAACGAGGAUGAGACGGGUGAGUGGUACAGGAGUGGUGCUUGCAGGGUCUCUGGUGGUGAGCCGGCAGCAGCAGGGGAGGGACGACGAGGCUGAACCGCUGCUCAAGAGACUAGCUCUAGCUGAGGCUGCUGCUACUGGGAACUUGUAACGGGGCAGCUUGUAAUGAGUCAGUUUGUAGCGAGGAUGAGAUGAGAGGGUGGAGUGGAGUAGGAGCUGGUGAUUGCAGGGUCGCUGGUCGUGAACCUGCAGCAGCAGGGGAGGGACGGCGAGGCUGAGCUACUGCCAAAAAGACUAGCGCUUGCUGAGGCUGCAGCCACAGGGAACCUUUAGUGAGUCAUUCUGUAAUGAGGAUGGGGCCCAUGGGGGGUGCCGCACUCGUGGUUGCAGGGUCUCUGGUGGUGAACCUGCAGCAGCAGGGGAGGGACGACGAGGCUAGGCUAGCUCUUGCUGAGGCUGCUGCUACUGGGAAAUUGUAAGUAAUGUGGCAGUUGGGGCAUCUUGGGACAUGUGGGAGCAAGGGGAUGAUGGUGAGGCUAUCGUCAUAAAUCGUUGAGAGUUUGCAUUGCUAUUGCGUAAAAUGCAAUUGGUUUCUAUAU